CCUGGAGCGCUGCAUACACACAAACCAUCUCGUCAAGAUGGCGAACCGAAACAACGAUGCUGGUCGACCCAAUCUGCGUAUAACAAUCAUCGCCGCAGAUGGCUUGUAUAAGCGAGAUGUCUUCCGCUUUCCCGACCCCUUUGCCGUCGCGACCAUCAACGGAGAACAGACCAAGACGACGACGGUGAGCAAGAAGACGCUCAACCCGUAUUGGAACGAGAGCUUUGAUUUCCGGGUUGAUGAGGGCAGCAUCCUCGCCGUCCAGGUGUUUGACCAGAAGAAGUUCAAGAAGAAGGACCAGGGUUUCCUUGGCGUUAUCAAUAUCCGAAUCGGCGACUUGAUUCCUGAAGUCGGACCCGAGGCAGACGAUCAAAUGAUUACCAGGGAUCUCAAGAAAUCGACUGAUAACCUCGUUGUGCACGGCAAGCUCAUCCUCAACCUGUCUUGCAACCUCAGUACUCCCAUUCGCGCCGGCCAAGCAUCAUCAUCGAACCGACCCACACUCGGAGCACCCAGUGGCUCCAACCUGUCAACGCUAUCUGCUCCGGCUGGUGAACGACCAAGUUCGGCCAUGUCUGGCCCCAACGGCAACGCGCUCGGCUCCCAGCCGAACCUCACCACCCAUCCGGCCAGCGUCAGUGCUGCGCCUGCCUCUGCGAGUGUCAAUGGCUCUACUCGCCCCAACAGCCAGCUGAGCCCGUUCGAAGACGCCCAAGGCCGCUUGCCCGCAGGCUGGGAACGCAGAGAAGAUAAUCUGGGCCGCACCUAUUAUGUAGACCACAACACCCGAACCACCAGCUGGAACCGACCGACAGCCAACGGAACCGCCGCUGAAGUCCGCAACGAACGAGAGGCUGUUACCCAGGUCGAGCGCCAGAGACACCAAAACCGAACUUUGCCCGAAGACAGAACUGGCACCAGUUCGCCAACCCUUCAGCAGCAGGGCUCUGGUUCUGGUAGCCCCGUCGGCGGCGCUGCUCCCAAUGCUGCUCCCAACGGCAACCACACGGCCAUGAUGCACACCGGCGCCACUAGCCCUGGCUCCGGUGAGCUCCCUCCGGGCUGGGAACAGCGCUGGACUCCUGAAGGACGACCAUACUUUGUCGAUCACAACACUCGCACCACGACCUGGGUCGAUCCCCGCCGACAGCAAUUCAUCCGCAUGUACGGCCAGAACAACACCAACGGUCAAAUCCAGCAACAACCCGUUUCUCAGCUUGGUCCCUUGCCUAGCGGCUGGGAGAUGCGCCUCACGAACACUGCCCGAGUCUACUUUGUGGACCACAACACCAAGACCACCACCUGGGAUGACCCGCGUCUUCCUUCUUCUCUGGAUCAGAAUGUACCCCAAUACAAGCGAGACUUCAGACGGAAGCUUAUUUACUUCCGCUCUCAGCCUGCAAUGCGCAUUCUCAGCGGACAAUGCCAUAUCAAGGUCCGACGAUCACACAUUUUCGAGGACUCCUUUGCCGAGAUUACUCGCCAGUCUGCUACAGACCUGAAGAAGCGUCUCAUGAUCAAAUUCGACGGAGAAGACGGCCUUGAUUACGGUGGCUUGUCCCGAGAAUUCUUCUUCCUCCUUUCGCACGAAAUGUUCAACCCUUUCUACUGUCUAUUCGAGUACUCAGCGCAUGAUAAUUAUACCCUCCAAAUUAACCCUCACUCUGGUAUCAACCCAGAACAUCUCAACUAUUUCAAAUUCAUUGGCCGUGUAGUCGGCAUGGCCAUCUUCCACCGCCGAUUUUUGGAUGCCUUCUUCAUUGGGGCUCUCUACAAGAUGAUCUUGGGCAAGGGAGUCACGUUGGCAGACAUGGAAGGAGUCGACGCCGACUUCCACCGAUCAUUGCAGUGGAUGCUGGACAAUGAUAUUUCAGGAGGAAUCCUGGAACAAACAUUCUCCACGGAAGAUGAGCGCUUUGGUGUCUUGACCACUGAAGAUCUGAUUCCCGGCGGCCGUGAUAUUGAAGUGACAAAUGAGAACAAGAAGGAGUAUGUGGACCUUAUGGUCAAAUGGCGUAUUGAGAAGCGUAUCGCCGAGCAGUUCCAAGCUUUCAAGGAGGGUUUCCAAGAGCUGAUUCCCCACGAUCUCAUCAAUGUAUUUGAUGAGCGUGAGCUGGAGUUGCUCAUUGGUGGUAUUGCCGAGAUUGACGUGGAUGACUGGAAGAAGCACACCGACUACCGAGGCUACACUGAAUCGGACGAAGUUAUCCAGAACUUCUGGGCAACAGUGCGAUCCUGGGACGGCGAGCAGAAGUCGCGUUUGUUGCAAUUCACCACCGGUACCUCCAGAAUCCCGGUCAACGGAUUCAAAGAUCUUCAGGGCAGCGAUGGUCCCAGAAGAUUUACAAUCGAAAAGGCCGGUGACUUGGCUAAUUUACCCAAGGCACACACUUGCUUUAACCGUAUUGAUUUACCCGCAUAUAAAACAUUGGAAACGCUACAACAAAAGCUCACCAUCGCCGUUGAGGAGACUAUGGGCUUUGGCCAAGAAUAGACUGCGGGUUGGUAUAGGAUAUACUCGCAUCACACAGCUUUCUACGAUGUUUUCGUAGCCUUUGCUUUCCAACAACAAAAAAUCCCUUUAUGUCCCCUCAUUGAUCGUUAUUUUGAUUUUUGGUUUCCUCAUUUGGGUAUAUAUGCUUUGGUUGAAGAGUCAGCAGACAGACAUGGUAGGCUUUGGUUUGGCGCUGGCGGAUUUUAUUGUUAUCAGGCAAGAUGUGACGCGUUGAGAUAGAAUGGCUUGCAGCGCCGCCUUGAGGCAUCAGCAAAAAGAAGCAUGCGGGGAUGACGAGGAGAGAUGCUAUAUGAUGUCAAAUGUGAAAAAGAGGCGGGCUAUGGAACGAGAAUACGUGCAUGGCCAUGCGAAACGGGUUGUACAAAGUGGUACUCUGCUGGCUGUGUUGGCCGACAGAUGAGUUAUCCAGUUUUUGGCAUUCCAUUCGAAUUCUUCGAUGACCAGAUGCAUCCAUUAACUGGCGGUGUUGCGUUUGCGAAUGCUGGAGAGCGCAAAGAUGAAGUUAAUAGCUGAAGGGUAUUGCAAGAUAUAGUAAAGCAGGCAUGGAAUGGAAUUUUGACUUUUUCUCUCUCGCAUUUCCUCGUUGGAAUAAUACAGUUUGGCUUACUCUUGAUUGUUGUAAUAAAG